UGGCAAACCCGCAAAGAAAAAUUGGUGAGGAAACAAAUGGCUACUGGAACAGGAACAACCAGGAAGAUCUCAGCUUCUUCUGCAAGAGCUCACACCCGCAAACCUAAAUCCAACUCUCCUUCAAGAAUUUCAGGGAUCUUUAAGAAACUUCUGUUGGUUUUCUUUGUGGGGUUCUUGGCUUGGGCCUAUCAGGCAACAAAGCCACCUCCUCCAAAGAUCUGUGGCUCGAAAGACGGGCCUCCAGUUACAGCUCCAAGAGUUCAGCUCAAGGAUGGAAGACACUUGGCUUACAAAGAAUUUGGUGUCCCAAAGGAUAAUGCAAAGCACAAGAUUGUGUUUGUCCAUGCCUUGGAUACUUGCAGGCAUGAUGUCUCUGCUAUUACUUCCGGACUCUCGCCGGAUUUUGUUGAAAGUCGAGGGAUCUAUAUCGUUUCAUUUGACAGACCUGGUUAUGGAGAGAGUGAUCAUAACCCUGCCCAAACACUUAGAAGCAUUUCUUCUGACAUCGAGGAGCUUGCUGAUCAGUUGGGAUUAGGAUCCAAAUUUUACGUUGCUGGAUUCUCCUUGGGUGGCCAGGUUGUGUGGACCUGCCUCAAGUACAUUUCUCACAGGUUGGCAGGAGCAGCUCUGAUUGCACCACCGGUGAAUUAUUGGUGGAAAGGUAUUCCUUCGAACCUCUCUGCAGAAGCAUAUAAGCAGCAGCUUCUUCAGGACCAAUGGGCGCUUCGUGUAGCUCACUAUACACCGUGGCUUAUCUACUGGUGGAACACCCAAAAGCUGUUUCCUUGUAUGAGUAUUAUUGCUCGCAGCCCCAAAGUUCUCUCUCGACAAGAUGCAGAACUAAUGCCAAAGAUACUCUCCUUAAAACAAGAGACUGUGGCACAGGUAAGACAGCAAGGUGACUAUGAAUCAAUUCACCGCGAUCUGGCAUUUGCCUUUGGGAAGUGGGAAUUCGACCCAACGGAAUUGAGAAACCCCUUUGCAGAAGGGUCAGGCUCUGUUCACCUGUGGCAGGGGGAUGAAGAUAUUCUCGUCCCUGCCACACUGCAGCGUGAGAUUGCCCGACAGCUGCCGUGGAUUCACUAUCACGAGGUUCGUGGUGCUGGCCACAAGCUUCUGUACGCUGAUGGAAAAGCUCAUUCGAUCAUACAAGCACUUGUUUCUUAGGAUGCCUGCACCAGGCUAUAUAUACAUAUAUUCUCAUUGAAUCACAUUUUGACAACAUUAUGGUGUUGUUUCUUGUAAUCUUAGUAUUUUACUACUACAUCAAUUAGUUAUCUUGUUUUCGUCAAGAUGAGUAGAGUGGUCAUCUGUAUGGAGAAUUGCUUGGGACUGGGAGUGUAUGUUAAAUAUUUCAUCCUACGCUGGAAUUUUGUUUUAGUUAUGGAUUUAGGGUUAUUAGUUUUGGAUGCAUCGACUAUUUUUGUAAAAAGGAAGAAAGGAAUAAUGUAAUUACCUAUAUCUUGGAUUUUAGAAAAAGACUUUUUGCUUGGAA